CCAGCCCAGCUCAGAGUGGAGGGACCAGGACACCUCUUCACUGCCACCGUGGGGCAGGAUGUCGUGCUGCCCUGCCACUUGUCCCCUCAACGCGAUGCUCGCAGCUUGGACGUCAGGUGGAUGCGGGAUGAGUUCUUCUGAGACAGUGCACCACUACCGCAAUGGAGAGGACCUUUAUGGGGAGCAGAUGGGGACAUAUGCCGGGAGGACAGAGCUGGUCAGAGAUGGUCUCUCUGCUGGAAGCCUGGACUUGCGAAUCACGGGGCUGAGACCCUCUGAUGAUGGCCUGUACGUCUGCAAUGUGAAAAAUGCUGACAGUUAUGCUGAAGCCAUUGUGGAGCUGGAGGUGUCAGCCACAGGCGCUGACCCCCACCUCUCCCUGGGGGGCUACGAGGCCGGAGGCGUCCGGGUGCUGUGUCGAUCGGCCGGAUGGUACCCGAAGCCGCAGCUGCUGUGGAGGGAUGCUCGCGGGCAGCACUUGCCCUCAGUCUCCCAGACACAUUCCCAGGACCAGGAGGGGUUCUUUGAAAUCGAAGGCGCCGUCAUUGUGACCGGGAGCGUGGAGGGGCCCUUGUCCUGCGUGGUCAGGAGCAGCCGCCUCCAGCAGGAGCGGGAAUCAUCCCUGCACAUCGCAGCUCCUUUCUUCCACAACGCCCAGCCCUGGAUGGUGGCUCUGGCUCUGGUCCUCGUGCUUUUGGCUGUGUCCAUUGGCCUCGGUGUUUAUCUCUUUCGAAAGCAAGCAGCGAAAAAGGAUGCAAAGCUUGUGGAACAGGCUGCAGAGAUAGAGGAAAAAGAUGCAAGACUGGAAGAACAAUCUGAAGAGCUGGCAUGGAGAAGGUGUCUGCUGCCUGAAAAUAGAGUGAAGGUGACCCUGGAUCCGGACACGGCUCAUCCCAUGCUUGUUGUGUCUCAGGACAACAGCAGUGUGAAAUGGGAAAGGGAAUGGCAGCAGGUGCCUGACACACCAGAGAGAUUUGACUCUUGGUGCUGCGUGCUGGGCCGUGAGGAUUUCAGAGAGGGGAGGUACUUCUGGGAGGUGGAGGUAGAAGUUGAGGAAAAGGCAGGAAAGAGUGCACGGUGGGCUGUGGGGGUGGCCAGGGCAUCUGUGAAGAGGAAGGGGUUGUUUGACCUAUUCCCUGAAGAAGGGGUCUGGGCUGUACAGUAUCAACAAGGGCAGUUCGAGUCUCUCACAUCUCCUCGCAUCCCCUUGUCCCUGUUCCCUGUCCCCACGAGGAUCUGGGUCUGUCUGAACUGUACCCAGCAGCAGGUGUCUUUUAUCAAUGCUGACAAUGGGGUCAAGAUCUUCACUUUCACAGCAGCCUCCUUCAAUGGGGAGAGAAUCCGCCCCUGGUUCCUGUUGUGGACUCAGGGAAUUCAGAUGUGCCUGAGGGACAGCACCCCCAAGACCCCGUCCCCAGCCCUGGGGGGCUCCUGCCCUUCUCCAGACACUCCUGCAUCACCUCUCCUUGGUCCUGCAGGAGCAGCACAGGAAUGAGGGGCAGUGGGGCCAGGGGCUGCCCCGCAUUCCUCCCUGC